AGAGAGAGAGGUUGUAGCGUGGAGCUGCGCUACAAUGAGCCAUAUUCCAUUCCUUACGGUCACCAUGAACUGGACUUACCUGUGGAUCUUGCUGUUCCUUCUUCCCUACACAGGAGAGGCCGUUCCUAAAAUCAAUAACGGAGACGACAGAGUCACUGUUAAUGUUGGUGAGCGAUUUUCAUUGGUAUGCAGAGAUGUUCAGUUAGUUAAAUUGGCUUUUCAGAAGUUGGGCCCUCUGAAGAAACCUCGAGAUUUGAAAAGCCGUUCAUAUAACAAAAGCAAAACUGAUCAGAUCAUAGUCAUUGCUAAAGCAGAUCUCAAGCACGUCGGAAGAUAUAUAUGCACGAAUACAGAGACACACGAAAAUACCUCUGUCUCUCUCUUUGUAAAGGAUCCGGCAAGGCCAUUCCUUGAUGUCCCAUUUAUCGAUGUAAUAGAAGGAGGUGAUGCAGUUGGCAUGUGUCUUCCUUCUGAUCCGGACAUUGUCGAUAUUAUUAUAGAGAAGUGUGAUGGUUCUCCUUUGCCAGAGAAUUUUACCUUCACAACAGGCAUCGAAGCUGGACUCACAAUCAAAUCGGUGCAGAUGGAGUUUGUUGAUUGCUAUGUAUGUUCUGGAAAUCAGAGUGGGACAUUGAAGAAAAGCGGCACAUUCUUUAUUCAUGUAGAGCCAGAACCCAAAAAAGUACCAACUGUAUUUCUGAGCAAAUCCAGACAACUGGUCAAAACAGGAGAACCAUUUGAAGUCACCUGUACAAUAGUGGAUGUUUUUAGUUCUGUAAAAGCUCAAUGGUUGAAUGCCAAAGAGGGUGUGACAAAACAGGCCAAUUUCCUAUCAUCUAGCAUCUUUAGUUUUAACUUAACUCUGAAGAGCGAUGGUUUUACCUUCAGUGAAUCCAGAACGUUCACCUGUCAAGCAGAAAACUCAGUUGGCCAAGUGAAUGCCACGUUCACAUUAGAUGUCAUAGAUGUUGGAUAUGUCAAUCUAACUGUCCUGGAGAACACAACAAUCAGUGUUAAUGCUGGAGACAACCUCGUCCUUAGGGUUUAUAUUGAUGCAUAUCCCCAUCCAGAUGACGGAUUUUGGACUUAUUUUAAUGAAACACUUCAAAAUACUUCAGACCAUUAUGUUGAGACAAGAGACCAAGGCAACAAUAGGUACGUUAGCGAGCUUCAUUUGAUUCGCUUAAAAGGAACAGAGAAAGGCAUUUACACCUUCUAUAGCUCAAAUUCUGAUGAUUUUGCUUAUGUCAACUUCAAUAUCCAAGUAAAAACAAGGCCUGAAAUCCUCAUUGCUGAGAGAACUAGUGAAGGCACGUUACAGUGUGUAGCAACGGGAUACCCUGUUCCUGCUAUUCAGUGGUAUUUUUGCCCGGGAAGUGAGCAGAGAUGCACGGACUAUCCACCAAUUUCACCUGUAAAUGAAAAAUUUAUCCAAGAAAAUUCAUCCCUCGGGCGCGUAGUAGUGGAAAGUACCAUUGACGUCAAUCAUCUUAAGAAAAAUGGCACUGUGCAGUGCGUCGCAUCCAACGAGGUGGAGAUUGCUUCUUCAGUAUUCAGUUUCGCCAUCAAAGAGAAACUUCGUGCUCACACUCUGUUUACCCCCUUGCUGAUUGGAUUUAUAGCCGCGGCAGGAUUAAUGUGCAUAGCUGCUGCAAUCCUCAUGUAUAAAUAUUUGCAGAAGCCAAAGUAUGAAAUACAGUGGAAGGUUGUGGAAGAAAUCAACGGAAACAACUAUGUUUAUAUUGACCCCACACAGCUUCCUUAUGAUAACAAAUGGGAAUUCCCCAGAGACAGACUUUCCUUUGGUAAAAUCCUUGGCGCUGGAGCAUUUGGAAAAGUGGUUGAAGCUACUGCAUAUGGCCUUCUUAAAGAAGACAGCAGGUUGACCGUUGCAGUUAAAAUGCUCAAGCCAAGUGCCCUUUCCACGGAGAGGGAAGCCCUAAUGUCAGAACUGAAGGUUUUAAGCUAUCUUGGCCAUCACAAAAACAUUGUGAAUCUUCUAGGUGCCUGCACAAUUGGAGGACCGACGUUGGUCAUUACCGAAUACUGCUGUUAUGGAGACCUUUUGAAUUAUCUGAGGAGAAAGCGGGAUUCAUUUAUAUGUCCGAAAUUUGAAGAGAGCUCAGAAGCAGCACUUUACAAGAAUCUCCUUAAUACAAGAAAUAUGAGCUGUGCAGGAAUGAGUGAAUACAUGGAUAUGAAGCCAUCUUAUGUUGUCCCCACGAAGACUGACAAAAGGAGAUCUGGUUCAUUUGGGGAUCACGACGUGUCUGUGUCAAUUCCCGAAGAGGAUGAUUUAGCUUUGGAUACAGAUGAUCUGAUUCACUUUUCAUAUCAAGUUGCACAGGGGAUGAAUUUCCUCGCUUCUAAAAAUUGCAUUCACAGAGACCUUGCUGCAAGAAACAUCCUCCUCACUUACGGUCGGAUAACAAAAAUUUGUGACUUUGGACUUGCUCGAGACAUCAAAAACGACUCAAAUUAUGUGGUGAAGGGAAAUGCCCGACUUCCAGUGAAGUGGAUGGCUCCUGAGAGCAUAUUUCAUUGUGUCUAUACAUUUGAGAGUGAUGUGUGGUCUUAUGGAAUCCUUCUCUAUGAGAUCUUUUCACUUGGGAGCAGCCCUUACCCUCGAAUCCCAGUGGACUCUAAGUUCUACAAGAUGAUAAUGGAUGGCUACCGAAUGAUGAGCCCAGAAUGUGCUCCUCUUGAAAUGUAUGAAAUAAUGAGAAGUUGUUGGAAUUCAGAUCCAUUAAAACGACCAACCUUCAAGCAAAUCGUACAGAUGGUGGAACAGCAGCUAUCAGACAGCAAGGGAAAUACCCCAAUACCUUACCCUGUAAGUCACGUUCCACUGGACCAUGCAGUAAGAAUAAACUCCGUGGGGAGCAGCACCUCUUCUCAACCACUGUUGAUGAACAGCGACGGCUGAAUCUGUAUAAGCAAGCUCUCAUAGCAAGGGAUAUCACUUCACCUUAGACUGACUGCAGUUUUGCUGUGCAGCUUCUGACCAUAAAAUGACUAAAAAUGUAAUGGUCGUGGAUCCCAUUGCAGCACAAAGAGCCACCGUGUUCAUUGAAAGAAAGAACUUUCACUGUUUGGUUAUUAUACUGAAAUAAUUGUUAUUAUACUGUUCUGGAGACACACAAACCCAUGAAAAUCCUUGGCCUGCUUCCAUGACAUAGGAUUAGAAGAUGCAGAGAUGCAGAUACAGUGAAUAUAAUGUGCUUUAUAUGCUCUCAUCUGAAAAGAUUCGACUUUUGUUAUAUUUUGCUUUCUGUGCAAUUCAAUGUUUGGUCAACAAGGGCAAAGAUACAGAAGAAGCUGUUUCUCUUCACUGGAGCCGAUUAUUUUGGACUCUAUUUGGAUAAAACCUUGUGAAAUACUCUUAUUAUGGCAAGAACUGUAAAUGUAGAUGUUAUGUCUGAGGCUUAAUCCUACGUGGAUAUCUUGUUCUUUAGGCUCUGUUGUACAAGUAGAUCUUGUAUUUGAGGCCUUCAAACUGGGUUUUCUCUUUAUACCAAGCUGCAGAACCUUUAAUGUUCCUAUCUGUAUAGUUGGACUGGGAGAUCCCAUUUUUCCCAUUGUUUCUUCACUUAAGUAUUUAUCAUUUUCAAGCACUUGACAUAUACAAUAAAUAGUCUUGGUACUGCAGCAAGAUCGUUUAUAAAUAUUUUAGCUUUUAUACCCCAGGUUUUCCAAUGCUGCAGGAAAUUUUGAGCAAUGUCCAUUCCUUCUUUGUAGACUUGCACAUACCCAAAUAUUCACUUCCAAAUACAGGUUACAUAGGAAUACAAAAAAGCUAAUUGUUGCAUUACGGGGUUUUUUGUGUGACCGUUUUCCUGAAUGUAAUUUUUUUUGUGUUGUAAUUUGUGUUCUAGAAGAGUUGAGUAAGAUCAGAGAUUUCGAUUCUGAAACCUACUUGGAGUUCAAAAGAUUGUUCAUUAUGUUUUGACUAUUUUCUUAUUAUUUGGUGGUUGUGAUCUACACUGGUGAAUGUUAUUCAGAGCACCCACUGACCACCUUACUUUCACUGCUAUGUAUUGAAUGUGUAUCAGCCAAUAGUAGUAGAGAAUGCUGCUGCUUCAUGAACAUUCAUUCUGAGGAGAGCAUGGUGAAACCCAAAUGGCUAUAAACGACCAGGAUUUAGAUUUGGGUAUUGUAAAAAUGGCUUCCAUUUGGUACACCUUCCCACCUCCAACCUAGGGUGAGUUAUAACUAGAUGUCGACCCUCCUAUGUACACACAGAGUAUUCAUGGAAGAUGCUGAAAAAGAUACAUAUACAGUAAGGGGGUUAUUUAUCAAAAACCGAAAAGUUCUCACUAUUUCCUGAAAACUACUCUGACCAAAUCUGCAAUGACUUUCCCCCUAGUUAUCAGUAAACUUUCAAAAAUUUUUCUGGUGCGGGAAAAAGUCACAAUAAAAUCGUUAAAAAAAAUCCAAAUCCCAGAAUUUUUUCGGUUUUGAGCACAAAAACGACUUUUUUCGGAAACCCUGCCAGUUGUUAACAAGACAUCUGACAUUGACUUUUAAAUGUUCUCGGCAGCUCUGAGUUGAAGUACUUUUUUUCCAACAGACAUUUAACACCAUCAGACUUUUAAUAUAUAUCCCUUAAAAAUAAAGUUCAUUUUUUUUCUCCGUAAAUAAUGCUAUUUUCCCCGACUAGAAAAAUUCUGAGCUUAAUAAAUAACCCCCUUUAUUUCAGCGCUUUCAUCAAGCUCCACCUAUGUAUCCUUGAGAAGUCUCCUUUUCCAUUUAAAAGCCACAGCCAGCGUAGCUCAACACCAAGCACUCGCUAAUAAUGCACCUUAACACAAAAGUGGGUUCCUGCACCUAAAGGCGCUAUUACUAAAAUAGUUGCCACUGAGCUGAUCAUUGCAUUGGACUAUUGUAUAGUUUCCCAUGCAAAUGGGUCCUCCUAUUGCAUAGUUCAUGUUGGUACCUUCCGCUGUCAAUGUAAUGUAAUGUUAUAUUCGCAUGUGCAAAGCCACAACUAAUGUCUGUGAAUACUUACUACCAAGCAUACUUAAAGGGGAAGGCAUUUCCUUAGAACAUAUUUUUAUAAAGUGCAUUUUACCUGUAUUAAAUGGUACAGCGGAUCUAUUUUCUGUCCAUGCUUUAGGCAGGCAACAAAGGACUACGGGGCAGCUGUAUAAGUCUGUGUUACAUAGGAAAUCAUACGACUGCCCAAUGCACUGACGGAAAAACAUUUUGGGAACUGCUUUUUAGGCUAACGCCACACGGGUUAGAUAAAAUGCUGGUAUCAAACUUUUCUUUGCUGUCUGUCACUAUCAUAUCUGCCUCGGGCAAACAAUUAUCAUAAAACAUAUACAAGGCAAAUAGGAGGGCCUUGUAGCAUCAGCCUUAGUGUCCUUAUAGCCAUCUUGGAAUGUAUUAUUCUUGAGCAGAAGUGGUAUGUAGCCCUGCACCUGUUGCUGAACGGCAGCCCCCAGCAGGCUAUAACCCACCUUGAGAGAUGUUCUUAACCAACAUCUCGGUUUUACAUUUGCACUGGACUUGUCUUUGCUGUUGCGCCUUUUCUGUAUUCCUGUUUAAAUAAAAAUAAUUAUAUUUACCUCUUCACUGCAUGGUUGGUUCCCACAGCAGCAAUUGGGUAAAGUCCUAAAAUCCACUGUAUAAUGUUUGUAAUGUCAUUGUUAAAUAAACAAUUUAUGCACACACGGAGGUACUUUGGGUGCACUUUGUUGGACACUUUUUAUUUUAAUGCUUUCAAGAUGUAAUAUAUUUUUGUAUAUUUUUGUUACAAUUCUACAGGUUUUUUUUUUUUUUUACUGUGACUGGAUGUUAAGUCUUUUUGCCGUAUUUGUUUUUUUGUUUUUGUAAAUACUAAACAUGUAGCAAUAAUUUGUUUGCAAAAUCCCCAAUGCCUCUCAGAAGUAUUUUUCUAUAUAUGUAAAUAUGUGUAUUUUAUGUUGCAAGUUUAUGGCAUCUUGCAUUAGUUGUUUGGUUGUUGAAGCAUUAAAAAAGGUAAUAAAAACUUUGAAUAUGA